GCAGAACAGAUUGUGAUGAGCGACCAGUUUACGUUUAGACGUCACCGGAGUCGGAACUACAAGUGCUUGGAAUAAAAAUUCGCCGCGAACAAAGUGUUAUAAAAAUCAAAGACUCAGUGCAUUUAGUGGAUAAGUUAACAAAUCCAAUGAACAUGAUUAUGGAUAGUGGACACUCGCUUCCAAUGCAGCAGCGGACAUCGCCACUGCAGGAUGCUGCUUCGAAACCAUCGCCUCAGCAUCAUCAUCAUAAUGUAAAGGAUUUACAAAUAUCAACAACACCACCGACGCCACCGAAUGAGGAUAGCCAGCCAUUGUCGCCAACCAGAAUACCGACGGCGACAAACACCAAGACCACAUUGAAGCGUUCCUUUGAUGUGGCCUUUCUCAUGAUGCCCGAUGAACGGUUGAAGGGCUCACAGCCACAAGUGCAGGACAAACAGAAAUUCCCACAGCAACAGCAUUAUCAGCCUCCUGCCAGUAAGCAAGCCAAUUUGCGUCAAUAUCCCCAGAUUACAGUAAGGACUCCACGUAUCUAUGAUGAUCCCACUUUGGUGAUAUCCUCCGCGGAUUGGGAGUCGCAUCCUUUGAAGAGUGCUUUCACCAAGGUCUCCUCACGUUUGGAGUCUCCAGGCCAACCAGCUCCGCCCUUAAGUCCAGAUCAGUUAAGCUGCUCCUCCAUGAGUCCGCCGGUGGCCACAACACCUCCACGCUCGGCCAGUGGCAGCAGCAACGAUAUCAUAUCCAUUGACAGUUUGCCCUCCUCACCUGCGGCUCUUUCACCCACCAUGGGCUAUCAGAAUUUUCGACCGGAAUACUCUUCGCCCAACGGAGCUUUCCAGUCUGUGCAGCAACUACAAACACAACGCCUUAAACAGCAUUUCUUAUAUCGCGGCCCGGUAAUGAGUCCCGAACACCCGUCAGGGCCUCCACCACCCUCGAGUCCACCAGGAUUUAUACCAGUCUAUCCAGGAUUUCCAUUUCAUCCGAAUCCAGCCGUCGGCAUGCCUCAUCCCUUUGGAGGCCUGCCGCCGCCGGAGAUGAUGCCAAGAAUGGUACAAAGUCCAGCCGCUGCUGCCAUACUCUCCACUCUGAUACCACCUACACUGGCUUCCACCUUUACCUUGACCGCCCAGAAUGUCUGCGCCAAAUGCAACAUCAGCUUCCGCAUGACCAGUGAUUUGGUCUAUCACAUGCGUUCGCAUCACAAAAGUGAAGUGGCCACAGAUCCGAAUCGGCGUAAGCGCGAGGAGAAACUCAAGUGUCCCGUAUGCCAAGAGACUUUCCGGGAACGUCAUCACUUGACGCGACACAUGACCGCUCACCAGGACAAGGCCAGUGAUCAGACCGGCGGAAAUUCAAGCAACGCAGCGGCCAGCAACAAUGACAGCAAUAACAGCAACGGCACCAUGGGAGGCGGCAGCAACAACAACUUUCAUCAUCAGCAAAUCGGAGGCGGCAACAACAGUGGAUCUGUGGCGGCAGCGGCGGCUCGUUUGAAUUCUCAGCGCUCAUCGUCCACCUAUUCGAAAUGACUAAGGAAUGAAUUCAAUUAUUUUUGAAUUCACCAACCUGCAUACCAUGAUUGAAGAAGAGAAAGAGAGAGAGAGGGAUCUAACAUCGCAUUUCCCAAGUGUUGUGUUUUUUGUUUUGUCAUUACUGCUAUUAUUUAGUAUUUUAAAUUAAUUGUGCAUUUGUGAUAUUAAAU